AGUGUUGAUCCAAGGGAACCAGUGCAUUGCUGCCAUGGUUUCCAGUCAUCUGAGCCCAUGGACAAAACCAGCAACUAUUGGAUCCUUCAGCCCACAUGUGACAGAGUUUCCAAGAAAACGAAAAGGGAGUGAUUCAGACCCAUCCCAGUCAGGAAUCAUGAAAGAAAAAGUGGUGGAAAAACUUUCUCAGAAUCCCUUUUCCUAUCUCCUUUCAACAAGGGUAGAAAUAUCAGCAUCCAGUGGCAGCAGAAUGGAAGAUGGUGAACAACAAGUAAAAAUGAAGUCCUUCAGAGAAGCUCACAGCCAAACCGAAAAGCGCAGGAGAGAUAAAAUGAACAACCUUAUUGAAAAACUGUCCGCAAUGAUCCCUCAGUGCAAUCCCAUGGCACGGAAACUGGACAAACUGACAGUUUUAAGAAUGGCUGUUGAACACUUGAGAUCUUUAAAAGGUAUGACAAGUUCUUAUGCAGGAAAUAAUUACAGACCUUCAUUCAUUCAGGAUAAUGAGCUCAGACACUUAAUUCUUAAGACUGCAGAAGGCUUCCUAUUUGUGGUUGGAUGUGAAAGAGGAAAAAUUCUCUUCAUUUCGAAAUCAGUCUCCAAAAUACUUAAUUAUGAUCAGGCUAGUUUGACUGGACAAAGCUUGUUUGACUUCUUACAUCCAAAAGAUGUUGCCGAAGUAAAGGAACAACUUUCUUCCUCUGAUAUUUCACCAAGAGAGAAGCUAAUAGAUGCCGAAACUGGUUUGCAAGCUCACAGUAAUUUCCACACCGGAAGGAGUUGUGCGUAUUCUGGCUCAAGACGAUCCUUUUUCUGUCGAAUCAAGAGUUGUAAAAUCUCUGUUAAAGAAGAGCACGAAUGCUUACUCAACUCAAAGAAGAAAGAUCAUAGAAAAUUCUGUACUAUCCACUGCACUGGUUACUUGAGAAACUGGCCUCCAAAUAUUGUUGGGAUGGAAGAAGAAAUGGACAAUAAGAAAGACAGUAGUAAUUUUACCUGCCUUGUUGCCAUUGGAAGAUUACAUCCAUAUAUUGUCCCACAGAACAGUGGAGAGAUUAAAGUGAAACCAACUGAAUUUAUUACGCGUUUUGCAGUGAAUGGACAAUUUGUCUAUGUUGAUCAAAGGGCAACAGCAGUUUUAGGAUAUCUGCCUCAGGAACUUUUGGGAACUUCUUGUUAUGAAUAUUUUCAUCAAGAUGACCAUAGUAAUUUGACUGACAAGCACAAAGCAGUUCUGCAGAGUAAAGAGAAAAUAUUUACAGACUCAUAUAAAUUCAGAGCAAAAGAUGGCUCUUUCGUAACUUUAAAAAGCCAGUGGUUUAGUUUCACAAAUCCUUGGACCAAAGAACUGGAAUAUAUUGUGUCUGUCAACACUUUAGUUUUGGGACAUAGUGAUACUGGAGAAACAUCAUUGCUUCCUUGCAGCUCUCAAUCAUCAGAAGGAUCCUCAAGACAGUCUUGCAUUAGUGUGCCCGGAAUGUCUACGGGAACGGUACUUGGUGCUGGUAGUAUCGGAACGGAUAUUUCAAGUGAACUUUUGGACUUACAAUGGUUACAGUCUUCAUCCCUUGAUGAUUCAAGUCCAACAGAUUUAUUGAAAGAUACUCACACUAUAAACUGCAGGAAUAUGUCAAAUAAGGAGCUGACUACACUAAGUCCUUCUGAAAUAGGGGAGCUACAGGCUACAAAGCAAAACCGAAGUGCUGUUGCUCCCCAUAGGCACGAACCACUCCUUGGAGAAGGUGCCCAGCUGGAUUUUGAUGCCCUCUGUGACAAUGACGACACAGCCAUGGCUGCCUUCAUGAAUUACUUAGAAGCAGAGGGGGGGCUGGGAGACCCUGGGGACUUCAGUGACAUCCACUGGGCACUCUAG